AUGCCUUUUGAUAAUACUAUUGAUGGAGAUUCACUUUUAUUACUGCUUCGAGAUGCUAUUGUACAACAUUCGCCGCUUAAAGAUAUUAAACUCAUUCUUAGUUGUGAACAAUUAAAUAUUAAUGGAGCUGUUCGUCGUGGCCUUAGACCAUUGCAUUAUGCUGUUUUUGAAAAUGAUUUUGAAUGUGUUCGUCUUCUUAUUGAAGAUUAUAGUGCAGAUGUAAAUGUUUUAGAUGAAGCCGGCUAUUCACCUAUGCAUUUAGCUGCAAAAUAUGGUUUUAUUGAUAUCAUGCAUAUCUUAAUUGAUCAUGGUUCUCUUAUUAAUUUUCAUAUAGCAGUAAAUGAUUCUGAAACACGUUCAAUAAUUGCUCCUUAUUAUGAUGUUAUGACAGAACCAUUAAGUCUUUGUUUAGAAAAUAAUCAUAUUGAAUGUGCGCGUUUACUUCUUUGUUCUGGUGCUAAUGUUAAUCAACAAUAUUUUCUUGGUUAUGAAAUAAAUUUAUUACCAUAUGAAAAUCUUCCAUCACUGGAAUUAAUUCUUAAACAUGGUGCUAAUGCAAAUGCUCUUUCACGUAGUGGUAUAACACCAUUAAUAAAAGCAUGUCGAGAAGGGAAUCUCGGUGCUGUAAUAUUAUUAUGUCGUUAUGGAGCUAAUGUUAAUUAUGUAACAAGAAAAUUUCGACAAAGAAAUGCACUUGUUAUAGCUAUUGAAACAAAACGAUGUGAUAUUAUUGAACAAUUAUUAAUUUAUGGAGGUUUUGUUAAUAAACAUCCUGAUUUAAGUAACUCACCUUUGGAAUUAGCUAUUCGAAAAGAUCAUGCUGAUACAGUAAAAUUAUUAAUUGCUUUUGGUUCCAAUACAAAUGAAGAAACAAAUGACGAUGUUGAAUGUGUAACACCAUUAAUUCUUGCUUGUCAAUUAUCAAAUUUAAAAAAUCAAUAUUCUAUUAUAAAAUGUCUUCUAGAAAAUGAUGCUGAUCCUAAUCAAUCGGUUUCUUAUAAUCCACAUCGUCAUCGUCAACAUGUUCCAUAUCGAACACCAUUAGUAGCUUAUAUAAAACAUGCUCGUGACCGACGUUUGGAUAUGCGUAUUAUUCGUUUAUUGAUCGGUUAUGGAGCUCGAAUUACAUUUUCAAGAGGACGAGAUAGUGUAUUACGAUUUUUACGUCGUUUUCAAUCAAAUCUAUAUUUAAUUGAAUUGCUUUGUGAUGCAGCUUAUUCAUAUCAUCCAAGUUAUAUUGCUGAAUGUACAGAACUUGAUGAGAAAACAAAACUAGAAAUAUAUCAACGAGCAAUAACACCAUGUUCAUUAAAAAAUAUUUCACGUAAACAAAUUCGAACAAAUUUAUUUAAUUCACCAACAAAAAUACGUAUUGAUCGUGCUGUAAAACAAUUAGAUUUACCAAAUUUUCUGCAACGAUAUUUACUCUUCAAUGAUAUUUAA